AUUGAGUCUUUGUUUAGCAAACCCGCACAUGCUGAUCCUCAUUCCUCACCUCACCGGUUUCACGGCUUUCAUGAGGCCGUCACUCUCUCCGAGUCUCUGUUUUUAGGAUAUCAUCCUUUGCCUUUUCCCCACUCCUUCCUACUCUUUAAUUUUCUUUAUUUAUUUUUGCCUUUUCCCCAUAACAAUCCAUUCAUAUUUUGUUUUCUCCCAAAUGCUACUCUACCCCACCCACCUUUGUCAUUAUAUCUACCUCUAACUAUUCCCAUCGCACUCCAAUUCCAACUUCUCUUUUUUCUUUCUCCCUUUAGCAUGCGUAACAAAAUGCACAGAUAACCAUUCCCUCUACUCUCAAAGAUUCGAUUUAUUUCGAUUCAGCUUUGGUCUGAACUAUCUCUCAACAUUUGCACCCUCUGACAACAUGGCUCUAGGGAAAUAUACUAGAAUAGACAAUAAACGAUCGCCGUCGAGUUACUGUUCUACAGUGACCAUUGUUGUGUUUGUGGCUCUAUGCUUGUUUGGGGUUUGGAUGAUGACAUCGUCGUCUAGGGUGCCUGCGCAAAAUGUAGAUGUGCCUCAAGAUAAUAAGAGUGAGGUAAAAGAACAGAGUGAGGUGAACGAACAGGCAACUGACACCACUAAUAACGAAUCUCCGCAGUUUGAAGAUAAUUCGGGUGAUCUGCCUGAGGAUGCAACUAAGGGGGAUAAUAGUGUCACCUCCGAUAUGUCAUCAACAGAGAAACAGGAUGAGAAAUUGGAUGAAAAGUCUGAAGAGAAAUCGUCUCAAGAUACCAAGACAGAAAAUACUGACUCAAAUGUAAGUGAGAAGAAAUCUGAUUCUGAUGAAAAUGAGAAGCAAUCUGACUCUGAUGUGAGUGAGAAAAAAUCUGAUUCUGAUGAGAAUGAGAAGAAAUCUGAUUCUGAUGAGAAUGAGAAGAAAUCUGAUUCAGAUGAGACUGAAAAGAAAUCCGAAUCAAACGAUGGCAAGCAUUCUGAUUCAGAUGAACUGGCGAAUAAAUCUGAUUCAGAUGAAAAUGAAAAGAAAUCUGAUGACACAAGUGAGACUACAGGAAAGACAGAAGAAAAGGUGGAACAAAGUAGUAACAAAGAGUCUGAUGAAAACUCUAGUGAGCAGAAAACAGAUGACAAUGCCAAUCAGGGUUCAAAUGAAGUAUACCCUUCUGGGGCUCAGUCAGAGCUUCUGAAUGAAAGUACUACUCAAAAUGGUUCUUGGGCUACUCAGAAGUCAGAGUCAAAGAAUGAAAAGGAGUCUCAAGAAUCCUCUAAGCAAUCUACUGGGUACAAUUGGAAACUCUGCAAUGCCACUGCUGGUCCUGAUUACAUCCCAUGCCUUGACAACUUGAAAGCAAUUAAGAGUCUUCCAAGUACUAAACACUACGAACACAGAGAAAGGCAAUGUCCUGAAGAACCUCCUACUUGCCUUGUCCCUCUUCCUGAAAGAUAUAAACGCCCAAUUGAGUGGCCCAAAAGCAGAGAGAAGAUUUGGUAUUCUAAUGUUCCACACACCAAGCUUGCUGAAUAUAAGGGGCACCAGAAUUGGGUGAAAGUUGCAGGCGAGUACCUUACCUUUCCAGGUGGUGGAACCCAAUUUAAACAUGGUGCACUUCAUUACAUUGACACCAUACAAAAGUCCGUACCUGAUAUUGCUUGGGGCAAAAGGUCACGUGUGAUUUUAGAUGUUGGAUGUGGUGUUGCCAGCUUUGGUGGCUUUCUCUUUGAAAGAGAUGUACUUACUAUGUCAUUGGCACCAAAAGACGAACAUGAAGCUCAGGUACAGUUUGCACUUGAAAGAGGAAUUCCUGCUAUAUCAGCUGUGAUGGGCACAAAGAGGCUUCCCUUCCCUGGGAGAGUAUUUGAUGUAGUCCAUUGUGCACGCUGUAGAGUUCCAUGGCAUAUAGAAGGUGGCAAACUUCUUUUGGAGCUGAAUAGGGUUUUGCGACCUGGUGGUUUCUUUGUAUGGUCUGCUACUCCUAUUUAUCAGAAGCUUCCUGAAGAUGUUGAAAUAUGGAAUGCAAUGAAGGCACUAACAAAGGCAAUGUGCUGGGAAGUUGUAUCCAUCAGCAAGGAUAAACUUAAUGGAGUUGGUAUAGCUGUGUAUAAGAAGCCGACUUCUAAUGAUUGUUAUGAGAAACAUUCUAAGAAUCAGCCUCCUAUAUGUCAAGACUCUGAUGAUCCCAAUGCAGCAUGGAACAUUCCAUUACAAGCUUGCAUGCACAAAUUGCCAGUGAGUUCUACAGAACGUGGGUCACAAUGGCCAGAGAAGUGGUCAGCAAGACUGACUAAAACACCUUACUGGUUGACAAAUUCUCAAGUUGGAGUUUAUGGAAAGCCUGCCCCUGAAGAUUUUACUGCUGAUUAUGAACACUGGAAACGUGUAGUGUCCAAUUCUUAUCUUAAUGGGAUGGGAAUUCAAUGGUCCAAUGUAAGAAAUGUCAUGGAUAUGAGAUCAGUCUAUGGAGGUUUUGCUGCAGCCUUGAAGGAUUUGAAUAUUUGGGUAAUGAAUGUGGUUUCAGUAGAUUCCCCGGACACACUUCCUAUUAUUUAUGAGCGAGGUCUUUUUGGCAUAUAUCACGAUUGGUGUGAAUCAUUUAGCACCUAUCCCAGGUCCUAUGAUCUACUUCAUGCAGAUCAUCUGUUUUCAAAGCUCAAGAACAGGUGUAAUUUGAAAGCUGUAGUGGCUGAGGUUGAUCGAAUUCUUAGGCCUGAGGGAAAGCUUGUUGUCCGGGACACUGUUGAGAUCAUUACCGAGCUUGAAAGUAUGAUGAAGUCCCUGCAGUGGGAGGUUCGCAUGACUUACUCUAAAGAUACGCAGGGCUUUUUGUGUGUCGAGAAAUCCAUGUGGCGGCCUAAAGAAUUGGAGACACUCGAGUAUGCUAUUGGCAAUAUUGUUUAGGUGUUUUUUGAGUUUUGUCUGCUCAAAAUUCUUUUGUAACUGUACUUGAGCGAUUAUUUAUGUAUCAUUAUAGCUAGGCAUUUACGUGUUCUCGUCUUUUUUACUUUGGUAAUUAAUUUUGAUCUCCUCUGUUUUGGGGUUGGUGUCAUUUGCUGUAACAUGGUGCCAUAGUUAAGAAAAUUUGAUCACAUUCUUUCAAAUGUAGAGGCUUUUGGUAGUUAAUAGUUGAGAUUGUAGAAAGUUAUAAUGAGAUGUUCUCCAAAAGUUAGUACUAAUAUGAUUGAAUAUCUGACCAGGAACAAUAUAUUAUUUAUUCCAAUUUCAAAUUAUUGAUGCUCUUAUAAUUUGAAG